CCCAUAGCCCGGUCUCAUAUGCAGAUCCUUGAGGGGUCUCUUGUGCUUUGCCCGACUUCGACGUCCUGUUCAGCCCUCUGAAAUCUCCGUCAAAUCUUGUCCAGCGUGUCAACCCUGCUUCUGGUCCGCCGCACGCGUUUACCCUGCUUCGACCCUGGACCUGGACCUGGACCUGCUCCACCGCCGACAGAGCAUCACACGCACGCACGCACCGCACACUUGGAAACCUUCUUUCUCUCCCACAUUGGCUCUCGUUCAGCCUUCUCAGCGUUGACUGCGACUGCUGGCUAGGGGCUUCGUUUUCCUCAGCCUUCGCUCUUUUUCAGAAGCCACGCGCGCUGUUCUUCUCGGCUGGUCCAGCAAUCCCUUCCUUGUACAGAGUAUCAAUCCUCGGAGCUCGACGCAGCCUGCUACCCGAUCAGCCUCCAGGGUCAACAUCGUUCCUCCAACUGGUCGUUUCUCUCUGCCCUGCAGCAGCGUUUACCGGAAACGGCUCCUCCUACUCCCUCUGACUGCAGCCCAGCCUGCGCCUUUCCUUCCCCCUCCACCCUGGUUCCUCAACCUGGUCGACCUGGGUGUCAAAAGUCUUAUUCAUGCUGACUUCGACUCUUGAGCUGCGACGCGCUCUCCGUCUCGACUUCUUCCAGCACUGAUGGACUGUUGAACACGUUCAUUUGUCUCGACAUACCUCUGCCGCUCUUUUUCACCUUCAAGGAAUCCAGAACCACAUUCGUUUCCAGUCUCGGCACUGCACAUAUUGUCCUGGACAGCUUCUGUGCCAUCACCGUCUCAGAUACAUCUACCCCGGGAGACAGCCACUUCCUGUGACAAAGUGACAAUUGCAGGGAGCAUAAACUCCAAGAGAAGGGCACCAAACGACAUUCAAGACACCUCCAAGAUCGCCCACACCGACUGUCCUCGACUUCUCACGCCCUCGACGGGACUAACUGACUUGCGGUUGACGGGCUCAAUCGCCAAUCCCGAGAUACUUCCUCUUGUUCCAUACCUUCGUCUCAACCCGGUGUCCUUACCCAGCAUCUUUCUAGAUGGAACGAUCAUAAUCCGUUCUUUGCAGAGUCACUCCUUUACAUUCUUUAACUCACCUGAUACACUCUUUUGUACCUGACUAUUUCCUAGUCGUCCGAUAUGGCGGUCUUCAAGAAGAAGCCGAAGGCAAAGGAUGAUACCUAUAUCAUUCCCCCGGCUGCGUCGUCAGACCCAGCCCUGCCGUCAAAACUAUCCCGCAGUUUGAAGCGCAAACAGAAGAAUGUGGUGGAGCCAAUGCCCCAGAUUGACCUUACUACGGCGCUUCCAGAUCAAAACGACUUUCGGACCAGUCUACUCAUGCCUGGUCUGUCCGCUCGCUUCAGCAUGCUCCGAGAGCAAGACGACCCGAAUACCAAAGUCGGCAAGGCUAGCGACGAUAGUGUUUUGUUUCCCAAGAGAGCCUCGAGGCUAAACUUGUUCUCCCACAAUCCCUUGACGGAUAUUGCCGAGACCGAAUCAAUCCAGACGGCGUUCAGGGCACCAUUCUCCGACGAGGAACGUUCCUACUCUCCCUUUGAAGGAGCUGGAUAUGCCAGUGACGAUGCCGGGUCCGUCCUGGCUAGGUCAAGGCCUGUGGACGGCAACAACCUUUUUGGUGGUCGGCAGAAGAUGUACCGGAUCCCGACCGCGAGUGGAUCGGGCUCGUCCAGGGAUUUGACAGAAGGCCCCGUACCAUUGACGUCUGGAAGGCAUGUUUACCAGAAUGAUGUCGUCCUGUCCCCGUACCAACAGAUGCGCCUCAAGGCUCGGGAGGAACAGGAGCGCGAGGAAUCUCGCGAGAGGCCCGCAAGUGCAGGAGCUGAAGAGCCUGAUCGCAGCAGUGUCAUUAACACCCCUUCCACGGGAUUUAGCAAGAGCAGAGGAACGACAUCGUCCACAGCCUCGGGACCUUCGAAUCGGCGCACCUCGACGGCUGCCACGUCGGUGGUGUCGGAUACGCCGCACCCUAGGCAGAGCAACACAAGUGCCGGCUCAAACAAUCGGAUGCAGGGUUUGGAAUUUGGCAGCGAAGAAAACCUGCUGAAGCGAAACUUUUCGUCAGACUCUCGAAAAGGAUUUCCGGCGGCGGACAAUCAAGCCCAACCUCCGCUCCCUAUGUCUCCAUCGAACAGUCGUCAAGUCUUUCAGUCAAGCAGCGUCACCAACCUCGCGGACAAAUAUACUCAUGGUGCUUCUCCGUUCUCCACGAACGCCUUCCGAACAGCAAGCCCGCCUCCAGCUCUCCAAACACAGGCACUGGCUUCGCUCGACUUUGGCCUCAAAAGCCCCAACAACCAUCCACGUAGAUAUCAGGCAGCCUCUCCAACGAACGACGAAGAUGAUGGACCGAUCUACAAACAAAGUCUUCAGCCCAACGACCGCGGCAAGGCUACUGCGAUGGGAUUAUUCAACCGACCGCAGCAACAGUUUGACGAGGCAAAAUUCCAGGAGCGGCAGCUGCAAAUGCACGGAGGCAGGAUAUCGCCGCCCACUGACGGUCCAGACUAUGGUGGGAUUGCAGAGCGUCAGAACGUGCCCGGUCGAGUCGUGCUCCCGACCAUUCCAACUUCUCCUCUCAAAUCCUUCCGCGGGCGGGAAUCCGGCAGUACUUCUGCCACUACUCGUUCAAGAGCACAGUCAACUGCUUCUUCUGUCAAUCCAGCACAGGUCCACGCGCAGGUGGAAGCACUUAUCAGGCGCCAAAACGAGGAAUAUUCGACACUUCAAACUCAGAAAUCCACAACCGCCGAGCCAAAUCAUCCUCCGGCGCCGUUGCAGCCUCCUAGGUCACUGAGGGAGCAGCCUGCGGCGUCCAGGGGAACGUUUUUCGACACUUUUGAUGGCAGCGAUGAGGAUGAUGCUGACAGCCCCAUGCUGGGCAGGUACGAGCCGGCACCGAGGCUUGCACCACUGGAUGUCCAUCCAGCUCUCCGGAACGGGUCACAAGCUUUUGACUUUGGCGAACAUGUCGCGGCCACUAUCAAGCCAGGCCGACCUCAGUCUAAUGUUUCAGAGGAUACUUCUUCUCCUUCCGUGACACACGAUACUCCCGAUACCUCAGAUUCACUCCACCGUUCGUCUCACACGAAGGCCCAGGAUUCCCCGACUUUUGGGCCCACAACCGGACUGGGGUUGAGCGGUUUGAUUAGAACUCACUUAAGGCACGACAGCGACAGAUCGUCUGUGAUGCCGCCACCUUCUCCGGGACAGCCUCCGUAUCAAUCAAACUUCUCUUUCAGCAACCCUCGUGACCGCGAACCCUCUCUUGUUUCCAUACCCACCGGCAAAUAUCGAAGCCCUGAACGUGAAAGGGAGCCCUCUGUAGCGUCUACUCAACCGGGCAAUUACCGCUCGUCUCUUCGCGACAGGGAACCGUCAAUUGCUUCCACGGCUCGUACAACCAACCCACCAGAAAGCACGCACAGUGAUCCUUGGGAGUUUGAUAACGCCCAUCGCACUGGACGGAGUCCGCUCGAGCCGGUGCAGAACGAUGCCAUACCUUCCAUGUCUCAGAAAGCACAACAGAUUCUAGGCCAGGCGAUAUCCCAUCGGAACCAAGCCUCGAGCAAGACACAACAGGUCUUGGGUGACGAUGCACCAGGAUCAGGCGAACAACAUCACCCUGCGAAUAGACCAUGGCCACCAUACGAUGCGCUCUCUCAUCAUCAGCGAGGAGAAAGCACAGAGACUCAGAAAGAAUUUGGCAAUGAGCUGGCUGAGCGCGCAAGAAGAAUUCAAGAGGGUCUCAAAGGAGUCGCAGAAGCCGAGAAACGAUCUCGAAGCCAAGAUCGCCAAAAUCCCGCUGCACAAGCCUUACAUGCUCUCCGGCACAAGACAAGCAAAACGUCCCUCGUGCCUCGGGCCAAUGAGCCUCAACCCAAAGCUAUGAAGAUGCUUGGGAUAGGAGUCGGCCCCAAACCAGAGCCUAUGGGACGAUCACCAAACAUGGGAGCGAGAGGCGACUACGACUUUGAUCAAGGAUACGACGAGCAUGACAACCGACCCACCCCCAGGCAAAGGCCUGCAGAGUUUGAGCCCCCAAGUGGCAGACGGACUCCCGGGUUCUCGCGGCCUGGACCAGGACCAGGACCAGGACCAGGACCCUAUCCCAUGAACUCAAAUGAAGAUCUGGAGAGACGCUACCAGCGCUCUGCGACACCGACCUCUAUGAGGCCAAGGCGUGAUCGAGCAGAGUCCGAGGCGGCGGAGAGAUCGAGAAGUCGGAAUGGUCGGUACAGAGACGAACCGCCAUAUCCGCCAGGGGAACAUGUUAGACCAGGCCCGCCUCACCUCCCAUUACACCGAGAGCAGCAGCAACGUCCCUAUGGUCCUUUUGAUGGGCCACACGGCUAUCCUGGCCCUCAUCCUAUCCGAGUGCCGCUUCGUGGUCCGCCUCCUGUCGAUCCACGAACAUAUGAGAGGUCUGCGUCGGCCAUGUCAAAUAGACAGCCGAGUGCAACUCGGGGCGGACCAGUUGGCUUUUACGAUGGACGUGCGGCUACGCCGACAAUGGGCGGAACUCCUCAACUUGGACCAGGCCCGAUGCAGGGUGCAGCACCGAGGCCAUCUCCUCGACCGCCUUUCCCACAUUCUCCUAUGAGUCCUUUUACAUCUCCACCUGGGAUUUCACCUGGUCUCUCUGGUCCGGCUUCCGGCACGCUCUCUGCUCUGCCGUCUCCGUCAGGUCCUCUACCUCAGCAACCACCUACAGGGCGCUUCACUCCUGUCGAAGGGCGAUCCACGCCAAUAGGAAGCCGCAAGAAGUCCGUCACCAAGGGUAUGAUCUCGGAGCCGACAUUCAUCUCCAGCACUUCAUCGGUCCCCCUGGUCGGCUUGCCAAGCGGGCCAAGGCCAAGUCAAAUUGCAAGCCCUCCUAUUCCAUCAAUGAACCCACGCCGUCGCGGGAAUACCAUGACUGAGCGACCUGACGGAUACCCUAGCCCCCGGAUGCCCGCAUCGCAGAUGCCAGCGAUGCCUGACUCUCCAGGUCGUGGAGGGUUGCCCAUGUCGGCUACGCAGCGGGGCUACUUCGAUCAACAGCAACAAAUGCAACAGAAGCCUCCCCCGCGCCCACGUAAUCGCCUCCGAAAGAUCAGCAGCGAAGGUGGAAGCAUGGCAGCUCGCGCGCGGAACCAAGCCAUGAUGUCUGAAUUUGGCCACGAGAGGCUUCGGAGCCCAGCGAUGCCUGUGUUUCCCAACCGAAGCGCUACGUCUCUCAGCAUUCACCAAGAUGGAGGCAUGUUCUGAUGUCGAAUGUUAAACACCGCAACAUCCAUGUACCUCAAUUUACAAACACUCUACAACUUACUCUUCACUAUUUACCGUCCUUCCAAGUCAUCUACCUCUUUUACUGUCGAACAUAAGCAGCUUUGUGCGAACGUGCUUUUCAUAUGCGCAACGCCGGAUCUCGAAAAGCCAAAAAAAUACCUGAAUCCUUCACGAUUGAACUAUUUGACGGGAUUUCGAAAUGUAACUUGCGAUGGUUGAAAUGGGAACUUAGAUAUCUUUUUUUUAACUGUGUUAUUCGACGACUUGGAACGCUUUCUUUGUUCAACCACUUUCCGAAUUUCACGGAAUACGACUAUGGGCGGCUAUACUCUGUUUUGAUUUUGGUUUGCGAGGAAAAGAAUAUUUCUGCUUUGUCGGAAGCGUAUGUGCUUGGACCAUGUUGAUAUUGGGCCAGCCGCCGUUGAGGUUUAAGGUGUAUGGGGUGCGAUCCCCAGCAGAGGCUGGAUAUCUACUUUUCUAUCUGUGUCUGAAGAGGGACGGCAAGCAAUAUCAACAUGCCACGCACAUACAUAUAUACUGGGUACAUAUAUAUAGCUGAUAUGAGUCUCGCGACUCGGGGUGCGACGCUGGAGCGGACGGGGCAGUGUGUAUGUAUGGGAAUCAGUUGGAGAAUGAGAUAUUUGUUGAAAGUAAA